AUGAGUGUAAGAAGAAUGGAAACCCCAAACUAUGAAAAUUCACCUGUCAAUGGAGAAUCGAGGACAAGAGAAAAUUGCCCCUCAGGAGACUCAGCAGUGUACAAGUGGCUUGGAUUCAGCUUUGGCUUGCUGUGCAUCAUACAAUCGAGUCUCAAUAUUUAUCUUUGGGCACAAGUUGAUCAGAAUUCCAACGAGUCCAAAAACAUUUCAACUUGCAAUUUCACCUGUGUGUCAGCUGAUGACGUCAGAACCUUGAUUUUGGAAAGAGACCAAUUGCUUCAAGAGAAACUGCAAUUUCUUCAAGAGAAAAAUCAGCUUAAUUUCAGUAAAGAUCUGUUGAAUCAAAAAAAUAAAGAAUUACUUCAAAAUAACAGCCAGCUGAAUCAAGAAAAAAAUCAACUCCUUCAAGAGAAGCUGCAGCUAAGUAAAGAUGUAACGCUGCUAAAUCAGCUCAGAGAGCAUCUUCUUCAAGACAAAAACAACCUGCUUCAGUGGAACAGUCAGCUGAAUCGAGACAACGUGCAACUCUUUCAAGAAAAAGAUAGACUCCUUAAAAAUAAUAGAAGACUGUAUCAAUGUACAAAACAACUGCUUCAAGACAAAGAUGAACUUCUUCGGGAGAACUGCCAACUGGAGCAUGAUUUAAAUCAACUGGAUCAAGAUAAAACAAAACUGAGAAACACACUCAGUAGGCUAAAGACCACCAAUGGGAUCCUGAUUAAAAGGAAGAUGAUGUGUAAUGAUAAUGUCAUCAGACUACAAAAUCAGUUAAUAGAACUGCAGUCGGAAUUAUACAUGGGAUGGAGGAGAUUCAAGUCAGGCUGUUACCGGCUGUCCUCUACUUCAAACACCUGGGAAUUUGCCAGACAAGACUGUGAAGGCAGUGGAGCUCAUUUGGUGAUUCUCACUGAUAAGGCAGAAGAGAAUUUCGUCAGCUCUUUUGGAGGUGCUGAAAAAUUCUGGAUUGGCUUGAAAGCUGAGAACACCUCUGAUACCUGUGUGUGUACAUGGACAUGGGUGGAUGGAAGCUCACUGUGUUAUCGUAACUGGGAUAAUCAGGAGGAACCUUUGCCCACUUGGACUUACAGCUGUGCACAUGUUGCCCAAAAUCAUGCCUGGCUCGUGGGGCCUUGUGAUGAAAGUUACUACUGGAUAUGUGAGAAAGAACUGUAAAUGAACUUCAAGACUUCAAGUAUCAGUCUCUCUCUCACUCUUUUGCUCUCUUUUUUAUUUUUCUGAGGACAUUAUGAGGAUGAUUUUUUGAUGUAGUCCAUUCAACAAUCCGUUACCAUACAUUUAUACUGGUGCUUUUGACUUUGUGUUCAUUUAGGUCUUUUUGAUUGCUGUAGUUGCCAUUUUUCAACAUGAUGA